AUGAACAUUAAAAGUCGACAAAAAUCACCAGCAUCGUCCCUACGUACCUCUAGCACUGCAGUACGUUAUUUCAAUGGUAUCGCUAACUCUAUGGUACGCUGCCUCAACAGUACCGAUAACGUCACUACGUCUACGGAUCAUCGUAAGUCUCUCCUGGCAGAAAUAACCUCAACGCCAGACCUACCACACCAGUCCAGACCACGACGAGGUUAUACAGAGACGACGACCUAUGUCGGUGUCGUGGAACAAGCUAGAAUUUCUUCUUCGGCUACUGAGGGAGAGGAACCACCUGCAGAAGAAGUGGCCAUCAUGAUCUCAGACUUGUUGGCUCACAACUUGGCUGGGUGUUAUAAGGUGGUGUUAUACAUGGCGGAGGAGCCGUAUCUGGGGCUGGUGGGGGCAGUGGUGACAGGCGUCGGGGACGGGGUCCUACUGUGGCAGCUGGACGUGUUUAUCUCUGCUCUCCCGCCUCCACAUGGAAUCUACACCAGGACUCACUACGACUCCCCUCCCUCCCUUUGCGUCGCCUUCGUCAUCCUUGCUGACCUCCAGGCCGUGGGGCGGGCGACAAAGGCGCUGCAGCGGGGCAGGUGGUUCCGGGACGCCAGCAAGAUGGUGCUCGCUUACACCGGGCCAUCCCUCCCACUCGCCACCCUCGCCCAACACCCAUUCCUCGGGUCGGGGUAUAGCACCGUGCUAGCAUCCUGGUGGCCCUGGAAGGACGGUGGCCUUAGAAACUCCCGCGUGUACCACCUAACUUCCUCCUGCCCUUACUGCCGCGACGGAUGGCCAGAGGUCAAGCUCGUCGAUGUUUGGAUUCCUGGCGCAGGAUGCGUCUGGGGCAACCCUCUAUAUCCCGCCGACACUUUUCAGAAUUUCCAUGGGCACACCUUCAACAUUGUGACCCUGGAGUACGCGCCUUUCAUCUGUUAUGAUAAGCUUAAGAACGGGUAUGUAAGACUGCGAGACUGCGUGGACACCCGCAUACUCAACACCAUAGCGUCCCACUUCAACUUCACCUACCGUGUGAGGGAGCCAAACGUUCGCCAGUGGGGCUACAAGCUGGAGAACGGCACUUACACAGGAGUGAUAGGAGCUGUGGCACGUUACGAGGCGGACUUCUCUCUGAACGUGGCCCUCACUGGGGACCGGGCGGAGGUAAUCGACUACACAGUAGACUACUUCAACGACCCGCUCACCUUCUGCACAACUAAGCCACGACUCCUCAACCAAUCUCUUGCCCUUAUAAAGCCUUUCCAGCCCAUGGUAUGGGCAGGGUUUCUGAUAGUGCUGGUGGCAAUGGGAUUGUUCUACCACGCCGCCUGCAUUGUAGCUCAACCCCUAAAGACCCUAAACCCGGCCCCAAAAGACACAUCCCCUUCCUUCUCUCAAACAUUCUUGAAAAUCUUCGGCGCUUGCCUGUCGCAGGGUUUUCAUUGGUCGGAAGCAGACGGUCCGCGUGUGUUGGUGGUGACGUGGAUCAUCUUCUCCCUGGUGACUCUCACCUCGUACGUGGCGAUGCUUACUGCCUCCUUUACUCUCCCAACACUCUCCCCGACCCUCAACACAUUAGAGCAGCUCGUAGAGUCCGAUUUCUCCUGGGGAAUCCAGGAUCAAGGUGCUGCGGAUUACCAGCUUCUGAAGUCGUCACAGGUGCCUCUUUACCAGAAGGUGUACAAGGGACUGAAGGUGUGUCCGUCCCUGGAUGAGUGUCUCAUCAUGGCUAGGGACACCAAAUAUGCCUUCAUCACCUGGAGACUCUACAUGGAGGACAGGAUCGCUAUCAGGUUCACCUCUGUGACGGGCGAGCGACAGUUGCAUGUUGCCACCACCGACUUCGUCCACGCGGAUAUCGCCUGGGCUAUGAAUCCUGGGUGUCCCUUCCGCAAAAAGUUCAGCCAACAAAUUCGGCGGCUGCUGGAGGCGGGGAUCAUCAGCAAGUGGCUCUCCCAGAUUAUCAACGACCCUACGAGGCGGCAGGCAAUUGAUACGGAGGAGACUCGCCAGGAGGGCCAGCUGCAGCCCCUCGGACUUGGGCAGCUGCAAGGCGUUUUUUACAUCCUAAUGAUUGGCAAUGCCGCAGCUUUUCUGCUGUUUACGGAAGAAUUAUUCAUGCAUUCCCCGUGAAUACCAACCUU